AUGCGUCUGUGCUUAGUAUGUAAUCGUGACUGUGAGCAGGUGCAGGAGCGAGGUGCUUGUGACAGUGCGGUUGUGACUGUGAGUGUCCCUCUGGUAAGUGUACGAUUGUGCUUAUGUGACCGUUUGAGGCCCAGGGUGUGUAGCCCUGUUGGUUUGGAUGUGAGUUUGCUGUACCCGAGUGUCCUCAUGGUGGGUGUGCGGGUAGGUUUCUGUGACUGGGAGUCAGUGAUAUUCAGUGAUGUGUCCAUAGAUUUCACUCAGGAGGAGUGGGAAUGCCUGAAUGCUGAUCAGAGAGAUUUAUACAGAGAUGUAAUGUUGGAGAAUUACAGCAACCUGGUUUCAGUCGGACAUUCCAUUUCUAAACCAAAUGUGAUCUCCUACUUGGAGCAAGGGAAGGAGCCCUGGUUGGUUGACAGAGAACUGACAAGAGGCCAGUGGCCAGUCCUGGAAUCAAGAUGUGAGAACAAGAAACUAUUUCCGAAGAAGGAAAUUUAUGAAAUAGAAUCAGCCCAGUGGGAGAUAAUGGAAAGACUUACAAGACAUGACCUUCAGUGCCCUAGUUUCAGAGAUGAUUGGGAAUGUAAUGGCCAGUUUGAGAAACAACAUGGCUCUCAGGAGGGACAUUUCAGUCAACUAAUAUUUACUCAAGAAGACAUGCCCACUUUCAGUCAGCAUUCAUCCUUUACGUUACAGAAAAUCAUUAAUAAUAAAGAGAAAUACUGUACAUCUGAAGAAUAUAGGAAAACCUUUAGGCAUGACUCACAAUUUACUACACAUCAGGUAAUUCAUACUACUGAGAAACCCUAUGAAUGUAAGGAAUGUGGAAGGGCCUUUAGACAUCCCUCAAGACUUGCUCAUCAUCAGAAAAUUCAUACCGGCAAGAAACCCUUUGAAUGUAAGGAAUGUGGAAAAACCUUUAUCUGUGGCUCAGACCUUACUCGACAUCACAGAAUUCACACUGGUGAGAAACCCUAUGAGUGUAAGGAAUGUGGAAAGGCUUUUAGUAGUGGCUCCAACUUUACUCGACAUCAGAGGAUUCAUACUGGGGAGAAGCCUUAUGAAUGCAAAGAAUGUGGGAAGGCCUUUAGUAGUGGUUCUAACUUUACUCAACAUCAGAGAAUUCAUACUGGGGAGAAACCCUAUGAAUGUAAGGAAUGUGGCAAUGCCUUUAGUCAGAGCUCACAACUUAUUAAGCAUCAAAGAAUCCAUACAGGUGAGAAACCGUAUGAAUGUAAGGAAUGUGAAAAGGCUUUUCGUUCUGGCUCAGACCUUACUAGACAUCAGAGAAUUCAUACUGGGGAGAAACCCUAUGAAUGUAAGAUAUGUGGGAAAGCCUAUUCUCAGAGUUCACAACUUAUUAGUCAUCAUAGAAUUCAUGCUGGUGAGAAGCCCUAUGAAUAUAGGGAAUGUGGAAAGAACUUCAAUUAUGGCUCACAACUUAUUCAGCAUCAAAAUUUGUACUGGUGAUAAAUCAAAAUACAUGAAAUAUUUAGGAAGAAUUUAUCUUGUUAAUAAUCCCUCUAGAUAGAAUAAUGUAGAAACAUUUUAUUUGUUGACUCAGCUUAUUCAGCCGAAG